AUGGGUCAAAAGGAAUCUCGUAGAUAUCAACCAAAUUUGUUAAUUACAGGUACACCAGGUUGUGGAAAAUCCACUACAUGUGAAUUAUUACAACGCAGAUUACCAGAUUACAAAUAUUAUAACAUAUCAGAUUUUGCAGAAAAACACAAAUGUUACGAAGGUUAUGAUAAAGAUCGUAAAUCGCACAUAGUCGAUGAAGAUAAGCUAUUGGAUGAAUUGGAACCUUUGUUGCAUGAAGGGAAGAGUAUUAUAGAUUGGCACGUUAAUGAUGUCUUUCCAGAGAGAUUGAUCGAUUUAGUUGUUGUUCUUAGAUGUGACAAUUCAAUAUUAUUUGACAGGUUACAUGCUAGAAAAUACCAUGAAAGCAAGAUCCAAGAAAAUUUAGACGCUGAAAUUAUGGGUGUUGUACUCCAAGAUGCAAUUGAAUCUUAUGAACAAGAAAUUGUGGUUGAACUACAAAGUAAUACAGUGGAAGAAAUGGAAAGUAAUAUUGAGCGUAUUGUUGAAUGGGAGAAAUUAUGGUUAGAACAACAUAAAGAUGGUGUUACCAAUGAGUUGCCAGAAUAUUUAUUAAAUAAGGAAUUAAAAAAGAAAACCUCAGGAGAAGAAGAGAAUGAAGAAAAAGAGGAAAGUGAAAAAUCAAGUGAAGAGGAAGAAAGCAAUGAAUCAAGUGAAGAGGAAGAAAGCAAUGAAUCAAAUGAAGAGGAAGAGGAAGACGAUAAAAGAUCAAAGUAA